UCUCUUAAGAAGCGCGAAACGAGCGAUCGAGAAGCUUGUGCACUUGCAAUUAAUUAAUGGCGUGUUCGUUCAGCACCAAUUACGUUACACCUAUGACAGCCCUCUGGCUGGUAUGGCUGCUGGCCGCCGUGGCGGAGGCCUCAAUUUUCCGGACGAUGCAGACCACCGAGACGGUGACGGUCGACGACGACUUGGUAGAAUACGGUAGGGAGUGGCCUGGUUCUUUGAUGUGCCGAAUGGAGCAAAUGGAUCUGGACGACUGCAAGAGCUACGUGGAGCAUGGUAGGGAUGGCGUUCCUUUGCUGGGGUUCAGGAGCGGAGGGAGCAGAGAGAGGCCGCCGCGCCAGUGCUGCCAACAGCUGAAGGUGACGAGGCAAGAUUGCAGGUGCGAAGCCAUUAGGCAGUUGGUAUCGGGAGGCAGCCAGAGGGGAGAAGAUGUGGAGGGGAGGGUCGCUGAUGAAUGGAUGAUGAAGAGAGCGGAGAACCUCCCCAAGACUUGCGGCCUUAGCCGUCACCAUUGUUCCAUUCAUCAAGUUGGUAUUCGCUCAACCUUCUGAUCAGAGACGACGAUUUUGUUAGAAGAGAGCAAUAAGAGGCAAGGUUCGAUGUCGCUCCUUCGAGCUGCCCCAUUUUCUACUCCAGAAAGGUGGAGAGGAGGAGUCCUGGGAUACAGCAUUGGCUGCUGGUUUUCAUGUUUUUCGCUGGUUGAUUAAGGAAAUAAUAUUAACUAUCCGACUUGAACUCAAGAUCACGUUUUGUAUUGAAGUCCAAACUUCUCUUCAAUCUCGUUCAGAAGAAUAAGAAAAUUGUUAUUCUUUGGUUCC